UCAUUUCUGCCUUACACCCUUACCUUUCCCUCUCAUCUCUAAACACAACAUUUCCAGGCAUCACAAAAAUUAAGCUUGCCUCUCGUCCUAGAAAUGCAAUGGUGAAGAGAUCAGUUUUAAUGCAAAUAUCGUAAAACACCAUUAUCAAUUAAACAGCAAUGGCAUCUCUAUCUUCCCAACCAUCUAAGAAGGGAAUGCGUAGCCCUGGUGGUUCUAGCAACUCUCAGGGUGGCUCACGUAAUUCCAAUGGACAGACUGUAAAAUUUGCUAGACGAACUUCAAGUGGCCGGUAUGUUAGUCUAUCAAGAGAAGACAUUGACAUGUCAGGAGAGCUAUCAGGAGAUUUCAUGAACUACACUGUGCACAUUCCUCCCACUCCAGACAAUCAGCUGAUGGAUAAUUCUAUAGCUGCAAAGGCUGAGGAGCAAUACGUUUCAAAUUCUCUGUUCACUGGGGGUUUCAAUAGCGUGACGCGAGCCCAUCUGAUGGACAUUGAUUUAAAGGUUAGUCAUCCUCAGAUGGCUGGAGCUAAGGGGGCCUCAUGUUCAAUGCAUGCUUAUGAUGGCAAGGUCAUGAAGGAUGAGAGAGGAAAUGAUGUAACGCCUUGCGAAUACAGGUUCAAAAUCUGCAGAGAUUGCUACAAGGAUGCUCAAAAGGUCACAGGACUAUGUCCUGGUUGCAAGGAACCAUACAGAGUCGGAGACUAUGACGAUGAUGGGCCAGAAUAUUCCAAUGGAACAUUAAAAUACUUUGCUCCAAAUGGUAAAAGAGAUCCUAAUAAUAUGUCUAUGAUGAAAAGGAAUCAAGGAGGAGACUUUGAUCACAAUAGGUGGUUGUUCGAGACAAGUGGUACUUAUGGCUAUGGAAAUGCUUAUCGGCCUCAAGAUGAUAUGUAUGGUGAUGAUGAGGAUGAUAGGCUCCAUGGGGACUUGGAGAACAAUGAUAAGACUUGGAAGCCCUUUCGGAAGAUUCCCAUCCCUGCAGCCAUCCUCAGCCCUUACAGGUUAUUGAUUGUAAUUCGAUUGGUGGUGCUGUGCUUCUUACACUGGAGACUAAUGCAUCCAAAUGAUGAUGCAGUAUGGUUGUGGCUAAUGUCAAUUGUAUGUGAACUAUGGUUUGCCUUCUCCUGGAUCCUUGAUCAGAUUCCUAAACUCUGUCCAAUCAAUCGUUCCACUGAUCUUGAGAUCCUCCGUGAAAAGUUUGACUUACCUUCACCAUCUAAUCCAACAGGCCGCUCUGACCUCCCUGGAGUUCACUUAUUUGUGUCCACUGCUGAUCCGGAGAAGAAGCCACCCCUCGUCACUGCAAAUACAAUCCUUUCUAUUUUAUCAGUUGAUUAUCCUGUGGAAAAGGUAUCAUGUUACAUCUCUGAUGAUGGAGACGCCUUCCUCACCUUUGAGGCAAUGGCAGAGGCUGCAAGUUUUGCUGAUUUACGGGUUCCAUUUUGUCGAAAACAUGAUAUCCAGCCUAGGAAUCCUGAUGCAUACUUCAACUUAAAAGUUGACCCAACUAUGAACAAGAGCAAGCCCGACUUUGUGAAGUAUAGGAGAAGGGUGUUGAGGCAAUAUGAUGAGUUCAAGGUGAGAAUCAAUGGGCUUCCUGACUCAAUCAGAAGGAGAUCGGAGGCAUUCAAUGCAAGGGAGGAAACGAAGAAGAUGAAACACCUUAGGGAGACCAGGGCUGAUCCUUUGGAGAAACCAAAGGUCCUAAAGGGCACAUGGAUGGCUGAUGGCACCCACUGGCCUGGAACUUGGGCUGUCCCUUCGAGAGAACAUUCCAAGGGGGACCAUGCUGUAAUUCUGCAGGUGAUGUUGAAGCCACCUAAUCAUAAUCCACUUAUGGGAAAUGGGGAAGAUAAGCUCUUGGAUUUCACUGAUGUCGACAUACGGCUCCCCAUGUUUGUUUAUGUAUGGCGGAAGAAGCGUCCAGGCUAUGAUCAUAACAAGAAAGCCGGUGCGAUGAACGCUUUGGUGCGAGCAUCAGCUAUUUUGUCCAACGGUCCGUUCAUUCUUAACCUUGAUUGCGAUCACCAUAUAAACAAUUGCGAAGCUAUUCGCAAAGGAAUGUGCUUUAUGAUGGAUCGAGGUGGCAAAGAUAUCUGCUACGUUCAGUUCCCUCAGAGAUUCGAAGGCAUUGAUCCCUCUGAUCGUUAUGCUAAUCACAACACCGUGUUUUUUGAUGGUAACAUGAGUGCCCUUGAUGGUGUGCAGGGCCCUGUUUAUGUGGGAACUGGCUGCAUGUUCAGGCGGUUUGCAUUAUAUGGGUUCGAUCCUCCAAAUCCUGAUAGAAUGACUCAGGCGAAAGAGAGUGAAACUCAACCAUUAACGACCAGUGACUUUGAUCCUGAUCUUGAUGUAAAUCUAUUGCCAAAACGCUUUGGAAAUUCUACGUUGGUGGCAGAGUCUAUACCAGUCUGUGAGUUUCAGGGCCGUCCCAUUGCAGAUCAUCCUGCCAUCAAGUUUGGAAGGCCUCUCGGUGCUCUCAGGAUCCCACGUGAACCACUUGAUGCGGCUACUGUUGCUGAAGCUGUCUCCGUUAUUUCUUGCUGGUAUGAGGACAAGACUGAAUGGGGUGACCGCGUAUGUUGGAUUUAUGGUUCAGUCAGAGAAGAUGUCGUGACAGGCUACCGCAUGCACAAUCGCGGUUGGCGCUCUAUCUACUGCAUCACCAAGCGCGACGCAUUUCAUGGGUCAGCUCCUAUUAACCUCACUGAUAGACUUCACCAGGUGCUGCUGUCGGCGGCGGGAUCAGUCGAAAUUUUCUUCUCGAGAAACAAUGCCUUUCUUGCUUCUAGGCGUCUCAAGCUACUUCAGCACCUGGCUUAUCUUAAUGUCGGCAUCUAUCCCUUUACGUCCGUUUUCCUAAUUGUAUAUAGCUUCCUCCCUGCACUUUCACUUAUCUCGGGUGAAAAUCUAAACAUUACGUUUUUGUUCUACCUAUUAAUUAUAACCAUUUGCCUCAUCAUGCUCGCAAUCCUAGAGGUGAAAUGGUCCGGUAUUGGAUUGGAAGAGUGGUGGCGGAAUGAACAGUUUUGGCUCAUCUCUGGAACCAGUUCUCAUUUAGCUGCAUGCAUACAAGGUCUUCUUAAAGUAGGCAUUGAAAUCUCUUUUACAUUGACUUCAAAGUCAGCAGGAGAAAACGAAGACGACAUCUAUGCCUACUUGUACCUCGUGAAGUGGACUUCAUUGAUGAUCCCACCAAUUGUAAUCGCUAUGAUAAACUUAAUCGCCCUCGCGAUUGCAUUUUCAAGGAUGGUUUACAGUUCAGUACCGCAAUGGAGUAAGUUCAUGGGAGGAGCGUUCUUUAGCUUCUGGGUGUCGGCUCAUUUGUAUCCCUUUGACAAGGGUUUGAUGGGCAGGAGAGGGAAGACACCCACAAUUGUCUUUGUUUGGUCCGGUCUCAUUGCAAUCACACUUUCCUUGCUUUGGAUUGCCAUUAAUCCUUCUACAGGUAGCGUAGACAAGCUGACGGUGUGGGAGGUAGUACUUCUGAAUUCCCUUGAGCAGAACAGAAAGGUCAAGUUUUACGGUUAUUGUUUCGUGAGGAAAAAGGAGACACUUGUAUACUUUCCAGAAGAAGAGAACCAACAAUCUAAGUUGAUGCGAGUGGAAAUUCAACCAGAUUGCAAACGAGGAAAGUGUAGAUGAUUUUACCGCUGUAUUCCAUAAAUUUCGAAUGGAUGUACAUUAGACAGGUAAAACGACGAAGGGUUUUUUUUCUUUUUUUUCGGACAAAAGUACAGAAAAGUGAUAAAGUACGAACAGACUUUCUGGUGGAUAAUUUGAGGAAUAACCAGUCGAUUUAAGUUCAUAGAAAUGUUAAAUGGUAAUUAUUAUAUUUUUGUAAACAGAAAUGAUAAACAUUCUCUACA